CCUCUACCUCGUGCAAUGACCUUGAGAAAUGUGGAUGAAUUUUUAGAUGUUAUUUACUGGUUUCGACAAAUCAUCGCUGUUAUCUUGGGAGUAAUAUGGGGAGUAGCACCUCUAAAAGGAUUUUUAGGAAUUGCAAUAUUUUGUGUAAUCAACGCAGGACUUGUAUAUCUUUACUUUAGCAGCUUCCAGCAAAUAGAUGAAGAAGAGUAUGGAGGAACGUGGGAACUAACAAAAGAAGGAUUCAUGACUUCUUUUGCCCUGUUUUUGGUGGUCUGGAUAAUAUUUUAUACUGCAAUUCAUUAUGACUGAGCAAAUGAGACCCCCGCACUCCAACCCUCUCCAUUCCGAAAAGAAGCACGGACAAUGAAAUCAGUGUGAGAUGCAGAAAAUGAGGACGUUAAAAAUAUUUUUCUUUUUUUGUACCCAACAGUAUUGCAGCAUAUUGGACUGGGAAAGAGUGAAGAAAAACUGUGUUCUGGAGAUGGCCUUUCUAGGCUGAAUUUUAGCAUUGUUU